AUGGCGACCUUAGGCGAAAACCCGGACGAGUCACUCGACAAGGUGAGCUCUUAUGUCGAUGAAAAGGCCGAGGGCACCAUCAAUGAUCCAUCGAGCGUCUUGUCCGAAUCCCACAAAUCGUACUUGAUUGAGCGCCAUGGCACGCUCGAUCUUGAUCCAAUUCCCAGCAUGGAUCCAGCUGAUCCUUACAACUGGCCAGGGUGGAAGAAAGUGACCAAUCUGAGUCUGGUCGCGUUCCACGCGUGCAUGGGCACGUUCACAGCCGCUGCCAUUAUCUGUGCCUACGAAAAUAUUGCCCUUGAUUUGGGCGUUUCCAUACAGCGAGUCAGCUAUCUCACCUCGUUGCAGAUUGCCAUCCUUGGUGGUGCUCCGUUGUUCUGGAAGCCGCUAUCUAGCCGGUUUGGACGGCGCCCUGUCUUCCUCUUGUCAUUGAUCCUGAGUUGUGUAUGCAAUAUCGGCUGUGCAAAGAGCCCAGAUUAUGCCUCAAUGGCGGCCUGUCGUGCCUUGGUAGCCUUUUUCAUCUCCCCUGCCAUGGCUAUUGGUAGUGGUGUAGUUACGGAGACAUUCUUCCGCCAUGAAAGAGCGCGAUACAUGGGUAUUUGGACAGUGAUGGUGACGCUGGGUGUCCCAAUUGGGCCCUUUAUCUUUGGAUUCGUUACUCAGCGUGUUGGUUACCGCUGGAUCUACUGGAUUCUGGCCAUCACCAAUGGUGUUCAAUUCAUCCUAUACCUCUUCUUUGGACCUGAAACCCGUUAUAUCGGCGACGAUAUCCAAAGUAAAUCAUCUGUGUUCAAGCGCGAGUACACAUCGCUCCGCCGAAUUGAUCCCACCCCAUUGAAGCUGUCCGAAUUCUUCCACCCCCUCUCCCUCUUCACCAACAUUCCUGUUCUCCUCGCUGCGGUCGCAUACUCCAUGGUCUUCCUUUUUUCCUCUGUCAUGGGCUCUGUCGAAGUCCCCCAGCUUCUGCAAUCCAAGUUUGAGCUAAAUGCCCAACAACUUGGCCUUCAAUUCCUGGGUUUGAUUAUUGGCUCUCUUCUUGGUGAACAACUGGGCGGUGUCAUGUCCGAUAUGUGGAUGAACGCUCGUGCCCGACGCAUUGGCCGCAAGCCUGCCCCGGAAUUUCGACUCUGGCUGAGCUAUAUUGGGUUCCUGUUGACUAUUGCUGGGAUGGUUGUCUUCUUGGUAUGCACUGAACAAGCGACAGAAGGCCAGUGGACGGUGACGCCGAUUGUUGGCACGGGAAUUGCGGCCUUCGGCAACCAGGUUGUCACUACUGUUCUGACUACCUACGCUGUUGAUACGUAUCCCCAAGACGCCGGCAGUGUUGGUGUGUUCAUCAACUUUGUUCGCUCAACAUGGGGAUUCAUCGGACCCUUCUGGUUCACCGAUUUGUUUGACAGUGUUGGUAUCGCGAAGAGUUCGGGUGUGGUCGCCGCGUUGAUUAUGGGUGCCAGCUUCAUUCCUACUGCAUUUUUGCAGUGGAAAGGCGAGAAAUGGUACAGCCGUGACUGA